AUGCCAAGGAAAAAGAGAGGGACGAGAAGGAUUUCAAAAGCUAAACGUGUUGCUCUUCCAGUGAUUAUCCCACAAUUUCAACCUAUCAAUCCAUCACGACAGAAUGUUUCUGAAUUGUUAUCAAUAAUUGGAGCACACGCAAAUGUCAAACGAGUGAACAAAGCUAAUAUGAUGAAAAAGGCUGAGGUUUAUGGUUGGCUUGGAGCUGGAGAUAUUCAAUCUGUAUUCAAAUAUUGUGAUGAGAUCGUUUUGAAGGAUGAUUUCAUUCAGUUGAAUAAGUAUCCUCACGGUGAAAUUUCUGCGGCAGCAAUCAAUAUUAUUUCUGAAUUUCCGGAUGUAUUACAAACUUCAGCGAUGGAAGCACAUAAACAAUCGGUAGUUGAUAAGGAAAAUCUGUUUGUCGAAGCUGCUUUCGCUCAAAAUUUCAUAUUUACGAAAGAGGGAACAUCACGAGACGCUGUCAAUGAACAAUCCUUAUUAUAUAAUAACGAACCAACGAAUAUGUUCUGUUUUGUGCGCCGUGAUGAUAAUGGCAAUGGAUCGAUGGAGAAGCUUUUUAUUGAUUUUCAGCCUUUGCUCUGUGAUGAAAAUUUCGAGAAUAGCUCUGGACAACUUUUUGCGGUUUUACCGGAUAGAAAGUUAAGGAUUGCAGCAGAACUUACGCAACUACAACGCGAAUAUACAACGAAGUUCGGGAACUUCGAAGCUGACAAGUCAUUAUCUACUGCUGAUUGGGAUGAAAUCAGUACGCUUAAUGCCAGCAUUUCGGAAGCCGAAUCAUUUGAGUUGGUAGUGGAUGAAGAAAACAAGAAGCAGGACAUGAGCUCUACUAGUAUUGUUAAUUUGAGCACCGUGAUAUCGGAAGAACGAUUUGCUCUUUUGCAGGAAAUCAAAAACAAGGAAAAGGAAUUAAGAACUGAACAGGAAAAAUUCAAAUAUUCUUUAAUACCCCGAGAGAAUAUCGCAGUAGCAAGAGCUCGAUUUCAUGAAAUGUUAAUGAAAGACACUGAAAGCGCAACAACAUCGACUGCAAAAAAGAAGUUGUUCACUGUUCUGAGGGACAGCAAAAAAGGCAAUAUGUAG